CUUGGGCAGGUCAGCAAUGUUAUUUACUCUCAGUAAGAACAAAGUCAAUAACAGAACAUUUCAUUUUGUAAGUCAAUAAUUGUUUUUAUAAAAGUAAACAUUCUGUUUUUAAUAAACUUGGUUAUUUUUGUAUUUGUUUUUGCUAUGUUUCAUUUUAUUUUGAAAAGGUCACAAACUGUUGUACGCUGGGUGGGUUUGGACCAAUAGGAGGUCAGUGCGGCCAACUACGUCAGACGCAAGGCAGCACGCCGCGCGUGGCCACGCCCCCUCCGCCUGUAGUAGCCAGUUGACUGUGGCGCCGGAGCUCCACUGGAAGUUCCUCCCAGCUCAGAGAAAGCGAGCAGGCGGAUCCAACAGCAGGUUGGACCGGACCGAACGGAACCGAACCGGGCCGGCGGGGGGAAAGUUGACAGAAAGCAGUCGCAGUCAGUCCGCGGAGCUCCUCAGAACCCAGAGACCCAAAGAAGAGAAGCAGGCAGGAGCUAGCCGAGCUCGUGCGGAAGAUUAGCAGGAAAACGGAGGGAAAAGGUGGGACAGGUGAGGCUGGAAGCGGCGACAGGUGAACGGACUCGGCUCAGCGCUUCGUCCCGGGCAGCCCCGCCGAACACGGCCGUCAGAACCCGCGGGUCAUGCGGACUCCUCGCGGCGCCGCGUCGCAGAGGUAAACCGGCAGCAGGAGGCGAAGCAGCGGCGGACAGACGAGGGACAACCAGGCGGCUUCUCCGCCGCUCCGCGAGCCCGUCCGAACCGGAGCCGGCCAGGCAGCAUGUCCCGGAGGAAGCAGAGCAAACCCCGGCAGAUCAAACGUUCCGUCGGGGAUCUGGACGGCGGUGAGGAGAACACGGCCGACACGCUGAGCCUAUCAGGAGAGGAGGGCGGAGCCUCUGACCCGGAGGAUUCUGCAGAGGGCGACAGCUCCAGCCCGCGGGCGUACACACCGGUGCACAACGAAG